AUGGGCUCAACAGACAAGACCUCGCAGCAAACCCCAUACGAAACCCUCAGUGCGUCCCUAUACUCCCCCGACUACGACCAACACGAUUGGUGGCACGGCGCAGCCCCAGCCCUGGGGAAAAUACUACAAGAUGCCGACUACGAUGUCCACCGACAGUACCAAUACCUAUCUCUCUUCGCCCAUCACAUCGUGCCUGCCCUGGGCCCCUCGCCCAGGAACACCAGACCCGCCCUGUACCAGUCCGUCCUGGACACCGCGGGCUUCCUCAAGCUCAGCCAGAACUUCCAGCAGUUCGGCUGCACGACCCGCCUCCUCCUCGAGCCCACGAGCUACCACACCAACGUCGUCGGCAACCGCAUCAACGGGCUACUCACCCCCGAGACGCUGACCAGGCUCCAGCACACCUGUGACAGCGACAUCGACCUGCAGCCCUACCACCAGAUCGCUGGCGAGCUGGUGCUGAGCACGACCGAGCAGGGGCGUCUGCAGCAGCAGAACGAUGGGCGCAUCCCCGACCUCCUCCGACUAACUGACUACAUCGGCCUGGACCUCCGUCCAGACGGCCACAUCACCCUCAAGUACUACCGUUCUCUCCUGGGCAAGGCCACAGCCACGGGGACAACGGCCUCGACGCUGGCGUUUCGCGCCAUCCGCCGAGCAGACACUUGCGGGAGUCGCGAGCCGGCCCUGGCGCGCAUCGAGGGCUACCUGCACGACCGUACGCAGGAGCAGGAACAGGGACGUGCACCCCCCGAAACAGCCCCGCAAGCGUUCGUGCUGUCGUGCGAUCUGGUCGAUGUCGCGCGCGCGCGCUUCAAGAUCUACAUCCUCGACCCCCUGGUCUCGAUGGACCGAGUCGCCGACCUGUGGACGCUAGGCGGGCGUCUCGGCGGGGUCCCGGAAGUUGUCCGGGGCCUGGAGCUCUUGCGUGAGUUGUGGGCAGUUCUCGGUCUUGAGGAGGGGUAUCACUUUUUGUCCUGCGAUGCGGGCACCGAUGGAGGGGGUGUGCAUGCAUCCAGACCCCGGUUCUUUGAUAAUCAGUUUCUCUUUGCCUAUUUUGAGCUCCGCCCCGGCGACCCAUAUCCUCGGCCACAGAUGUAUUUUAACCUCGGUACGCUGCGCGACAGUGCGGUGGUGGACACUGUGUCGGCGUUCUUCGAGAAACUUGGCUGGAUGGACCGCGCGAGGCGGUACAAGGAGGACGUAUCUUCUUACUACCCCUCUUGUAACCUUGACGAGUCGUUCGAUCGACUGGGCGUGUUGUCCUUCUCAUACACCGCCGAGCAGGGCCCGUACAUCACCACCUACUAUCGACGGGUAGCUGAUCUCCUGUAG